AUGGAAGGAGAAUUCACAGGGAAAGAGGUUUACGAGCAGAAAUUCUGUCCAAAAACGUAUUUAAACACAUACCUGUCUUUCGAGACUGGGGACUCUCUGAACUGCGGAACUGCAUUCGCUACUAUUCUGGACAAGCUCCACAAAGCAUUCGCAAAGGAUGGCAUCCAAGGAGACACCUUGAUCGAUAUUGGGAGUGGUCCCUCCAUCCACCAGCUCCUCUCUGCUUGUGAGUCCUUCAAAGAGAUCAUCGUCAGUGAUUUCCUUGAGCAGAACCGAGAGGAGAUGAAGAAGUGGCUGAAAAAGGAUCCAGAAACUUUCAACUGGUCCUCAGUAUUGAAAUAUGUUUGCCAGCUGGAGGGGGACAGGGAGAAGUGGAUGGAAAAGGAGGAGAAGCUCAGGAAGGCCAUCAAGCAAAUCCUGAAGUGUGACGUGACUUUGGCCAACCCUUUUGACCCAGUGGAGGUCCAUCCAGCUGACUGUGUCCUCUCCACUUACUGCAUAGAAGCAGCUUGUAAAGAUCUCGACACUUACCAUUCAGCCAUGAAGAACGUGGGCUCCUUGGUCAAACCUGGAGGACACCUCAUUUUGGUGGUGGGACUUGAAGCAACUUUCUACAUGGUGGGGCCACACAAGUUCUCCUCCCUUUACCUGACAUCAGAAAUGGUUAGAGAUGGUCUGAAAGGGGCUGGCUUUGAUAUUGUGUCCUCUGAGGUUCUUGUGUUUGAUUAUCCACCUGUCAUCACUGAUCACAAGGCCACAUUGUUCCUAGUGGCCCAGAAGCCCAAUGAGACCUAG